GCUUGGCAAGGCUCCGUGUGUUGCGAGCAAUUUUGCCGCGAGCCUGGAAAGCGCAAACUUGGAGCUCAGUCCGACAAACGACUUCACACCGUUUGUCGAUUGCAAGUACUGUUCGCGAUGCGAGCGCCCUGCACAACGUCCUAUUUUUGGCUCUUUAUGAUGACAGUGUAUCUGGUCUUGUCUUUCCACAAUUGCACUGCUGCAGCCGGUCGCACUGCCAGUUCAUCCGGCUCUAAAGCUGCUUCCAGUCGCAAGCGUGCAAGGCCCGGAUCUUCAAUCAAACCACCACCUGCAGGAGAGACCGCAAACCCAUUGUCAGGGCAAGUGAAGGAAGCGAAGUCUGCAUACCACCAAGAGAGUUUCCCAGUGUGCCGAAAUGUGUCGGUUGGUUAUUACAACCUCUUCGGGAAAGGAGCUGGGCCUGAACAUGGAGCGCCAGGUACAAGUCGAGCCCAACGUCUCAAUAUUCCUGGCAUGUUGUCCUCAGCUAGCAAAGGAUCUUGCGAGACGAAACGUCGGUUGAAGAUUCAGCACUUUGAGACCAAGAUGAGCAAAGCAUUCGGGACAAGGGUGCCGUGGUGUUGGGCAAGUGACAAGUUCAGCAUUGUGCAGCGAAGGGCAAGCUCGGUAGGAUGUGACACUUCCCUUACUCUAGGUUGCCAUCUAUCGGCUUCGUUGUGUCAGUGCACUUUCAACUGGAUCAUUCCUGAGCAAAUGAAUGAGACGAGAUUCGAGAUGAGGCAUCACAGAAAGAAAUAUUUUAACGGAGGUAACAACGAGCCGACGUCAGUGUGUGACAUGCAACGGUUUCCGGCGACACUGUCCUUCAUACUGCACGAAAAGAUCAGAACUUUGGAUGAUCUGUCAGGAAGACAUUCGAGACCUACUGAAGCGGAAACGCGGAAGCGAAGCUGGCCACUUUUUGAUUGGCACUCCGUGCCGAAUGAAGCUUUCAUACUGGGACAAUCCUUUCCUUGCCCCGAGAGACCAGCCAGCGACUCGAAGAAGGGAAUUUUGCCUGUGAGAGAAAAACCAGCCAGGCAAUCGUGGAAGAAGGUGAUCGCGGAGGUCUGUCUUUGUCCCAACAAUCGUGGCAAUGGUGAAAGACAGUGCAGUCAUAAGGAGUUGAUAUGCGAGACAAUCAGCUUGGCUCAGGUCAUUGACAACUUGCGAAGGGGUGGAGGUGAAUUGUUCGACGUUUACGUGGAAAAGUUUCCCCAGCUGAAAAAUUAUGUGGCACCCAUCUCUGGCACUGCAAUAGCGAACGACCAAGUUCAGCGACAAGACUGGGAAAGGAUGCUCCCUACAGCUGCUUCGAACCUUGCAAAAGGUCUGACUUUCGACCUCAACCUACCUGCUCCAGAAGAUGACGAGGAUGGCCAUGAGCUUUGACAUGCUCAAGGUCUGAUUGCACACUUCUGCGUCUCGUAUCGCAGACGCCAAGCAUUUCUAUGAGCGUUCUAUCUUUGAACAAUGAAGACACCUUCACCAACCACAGAAGAGUGAAACAUGCUGGUCUCAAAAUUUAGCCUUCCAUCUCAUAGACAUUGUAGCGAAAGAUGCAAACAACGAGAUCAAGAGACAAAGCAUGCAAGCCUAGCACUAUCGACCAAUGUUUUACUUAGUCAGAGCUCGUGUGCCCUCCUUGAACACUUGAAUUCGAGCCAUUUCUAGCAUUAUACUGUCAUAGGCAGCAAUGACUUGGCCUUUGUGAUCGUGACCGCUAUGCGGGGCGACUUCUGAGGGACCUUAGCGUUGAGCAUCGUCUGCA